UCCAAACCUGUUGCGUCAAACAGUGUCGGCAACUUGCAAUUGUCUUUUGUGGCAGCUGAGGACGUAGACCCACCGAGACCUUUUGCUCACUCAGGUGUAGGUGCUUGCUUAACACCUGCCACUCACCUUCACAACCGUCUGGCAACAGCGCAAUUAACUGUCGGGAAUGGCAAGUUUCGGCGCCGACUUCAUUCGGGGCUCGACGCACUCGACGUCGCACUCCGGUCGCUCCGGUCGAUCUGGACGGUCUGGACGAGGCUCCGGUCGGAAUGACAUGGACUCAUCCAUGGCCAACUCGACCAACUGUGCCAACCUGAAACAUGGCUACAACAGCUCCGCAGACGGCUACAUUCCCGGCAAAUUGCCACUACCUGACGACUUUUUCCCCGUGCCACAACUCAGCUCCAAAGAGAACAAAUAUCUACUAGGUCUCGCGAAACACGCCUGCAAGGAAGUCGUGUACUACUCGAGACAAGACGAUGGGCCUAUGAAAUGGCUACAUUUAUCAUCAGAAGACGGUGUGGACGUAUUUCAAGGUGUGGACAACUCCGGGACCAGUGAUACGCAACAAGAUGCCAAGGCACUUACCUAUUUGCGCGGGUCUUGCAAAAUUCGUGCAACAAUCGAUGAGAUUUCGGACUUUUUCAAACUUGACACCCCCGAGAAAUUAUCAGGUUUUGCGCAAACCGUAGGCAAAGACUUGCUGGAUCAAAAGACGUUGCUGACUCUUGCAACUCCCACACCGGAUAACCCAAAACAUUACGUCGCAGUCAAGUGGACAGCAGUGGAAUCUCCUAAUAAACUCGUUCGACCCCGCGACUUCUGCUACAUCGAGUGUCACGACGAGUUUAUUGACGCCAACACGAAGCGACGGGGCUGGGUGAGGAGCAUCCACUCCAUCCGUCUACCAUUCUGUCCACCUUUGAACCGUAGCCACGGUCUCGUCCGUGGCAGCUUCUAUCGAUCCGGAUAUAUCUUCACCGAGUCGGCCGAGAAAGGGUGUGUGGACGCAGUGCACACGUUGCAUGUGGACAUCAAAGGGAACGCCCCUAAUUGGCUAAAAAUUCUGGUGAUGAAGCGUCGCAUCAAGAAUAUUGCCCAAGUGAAUCACCAUUUCCAAUUACAGCGCUUGACACAAGAAAAGUUACUCGGAGACUUGGAGUUGCCUGGGAAAGAGGGCGUUACGCACUGUCAGCUCUGUGAGACGCGGUUCGGGUUGUUCCAUCGUCGGCGGCUGUGUCGAAAGUGUGGCAAAGUCGUCUGCAACCCUUGCGGCAACGAAUAUCUGCUGGAUUACGCCCGCGUUGGUGCUAAAAAGGUGCGCAUCUGUUUGGAAUGUUCCGAAUCCGUAGUGUAUGGUGUCAGUGUACCCAUGAUGGACGGUUCGAUUCGAAUUGUCGACAGUGGCGUCAAAAAGCUAGACGACAGUCAAGUGCGCCCUGCAUACGAUGAGUCGAUGAUUAUUCUUGAGAACCGACACCAUUCUAUCGACGAGAAUGAAUUUUAUUUCGAGAACGAAGAUGUCAAUGGAUUGGCUGAUAUGGAGGAAGCGAAGCGUAUGAAUAAAGAGUUCGAGGACAUGUUGAAGAAAUCCAAUAACGCGUUUAACGAUGCGUCGGGUGAGACGUUGCCAGUUGAUACUCCAUUAGGUGCAAGCGCAUGGGAAGAGCAACUUAAAGACGACGAUAUGGAAGAUGACGAGGAACUAGGCCUGCCACCUAGUAAGAGUGAACAGAUGCGUAAACAGUUGCAGUACGAAGAGCAAAUGCGUCGCGAACAUAUUGAACGUGCGAAGAAAAUGCACCAGUAUGCAACAGGAUCGAGUGAACACUGUGACCCGCCUACGAGGCCUCGUGCGCAUGGAUUCGUACGUAAUGAGUCGGGAGAUUCCCUUGGAUUAAGCUCUGAAUAUGGCGAAGAGGAUCACGCCGGUGUUGGUGCUGUCGGAUCCGAUGGCUUCAAUUCUAAUUCUGGUCGUGGGGUGUCUAGAUCUGAGCUUUCAGAUGAUGGACGUUCUAGAUCUAGAUCUAGAAGUAGUCACGAGUUUCGACACCUUCCUCGUCGUCGUGACACUGGCUUCCGUAGUCGACAUGAAAGCGAGGAAAGAGACACGUUCGAGAGUCAGAGACGCACGCAACAGUACUUUGACGCGCGUAAUGCUCGCCUUACACAGCUGAGUGGAGGCCAGCAUCGCCAUACAGCUGACUUUGAGUCGAGAUUCCGUUCCUCAGGUGUUGGAACUGGUUCGGAUCCUCCUGUACGUCAUCAACCAGAGCUGGGGUCUCCGUACACUUCUCUAAGUGACUCAAAUCUCGCUGGCGCGUUCACAACUCGCCGUCGACAUCGCAGUGACGACCUGGAAGACCGAGACGACGAAGCUUUCCGGUUGGCCAUGUCCGCUAUGCGGCUGUAUGAAGAAGAACGCGGUGCUAGUCUACACGUCACGGAGGAGACAAGACAAGCAGCUUUAGCCAAGAUGAUGGAAGUCUACGCACGGGAGAUCGAACGUAGUCACAAUACCGAGGACGGCCCUUACAAUCGAGGAACUAUCUCGGACACACGUCGUCUUCAUCACGACGUAGGCAUCGCGCCUCCGCUACGACAAACGGUGAGUGACGACCGUCCGCCGUCCUUUUACGGCUCUUCGCUGCAUGUUUUCCGACAUGACGAGCAGUUCCCGACUCCGAGACGUCAACGACGUCCAAAUUCUAAGCAACACAAUCGUCGCGAGGAGGCGUCAAAGGAGCGAAAGCAGAAGAAUAGCGAAGACGCUCACGAGUACAGAGACCUGUCGGACCUCACGUCUAGCGCGUUCCAGGCCUUCCAGAUGAACUCUCUUGGUCCCAGAGAUGUUCCGAAAAUACCGGUUGAUGUGCCGGAUAGUUCCGAAGAUUCGGAAAGUAAACCCGAAGACGCUCUACCAGACGUACAUAUCCAGCGGGAAUCCUCAAGUACGACCCAUGUACAGCUCAAGUCGGACACGUCGGGAGCUGCGUACGGCAGUGUGGAGAGUAGCGAAGUGUCCAACUUGAUCUCCCGACCCAAUUCCAUGUAUGGAGUGGCCUCCGAUACAUUCAGUGACAUGGACUUCACUGACCUCCCACAUUUAAUGCGGAAGGACGACGCUGCUGGUGCUCGAAGUUCGUUUACGGAUCUCCAACAUUGGACAGAGGAGCCGUCAGAGAACGGAGGGGUGGAGUACGUUCCGGAACCUCGGUUGAGUGACCUACUGUCUCCACUUCACUUGGAGGGCGUGCAACACGUAGACGACGACGAUAGUGAGAGUCAGUCGUCCAACGCAUCGUCUCAACUCGACUGGCAGAACUCCAUGUCGAAUCCGUACCAAGAUCCUCAAAUAACGGAUUCUGAGUCCUCGUUCGUGCGAGCGUACUCAAAUAACUGCCAGAAUGAGGCGGAAUCGUACUCAGAUCUUACCAACACGAACAACGCACUGUCAGCGAGUAUGGUUACGCAAAACGACGAGCCACCGCGACGUCAGUACCGCAAGCCUCCGUCACUGUCGGAACUCUUGUCGGAAUAUUGCGAUAGCGAACGCUCGUCACUACCGUCUUACCUGGAAUUCGGAGGACAGGCCGAACUGGAGCCUGAGUAUCUUGAGGCCAUCGCGAAUGCGACCAAUCAAGAUGAUGUCCCAGUAGAAGGAGGAAGACGAGGACAUGUACGGAGAAGGUCAAGUAUCCCAUCUGAGCUGGAAGCCAUGACGUCACGUGAACUUUUCUUGUAG